GGUGGCGGUGGCUUAAGAUUUCUUUCUUGCUGUUGCCCCCACCGCCCAAAUCGCCCUCAGGCCACCCUCUCCUUCUCUCCUUUCCCGUUCCUGUUUGAUCACUGCACGCGCACUCGAUGGCUGCUAACCCCCCGUCUCUUCCUUUCUUUACAUUCCUCCUUUUUAUUCUUUGUCCUUCCAUCGCCUUCUGAACUUUGUAUAUAAGCCUGGACAGCCUCUAAACUAGCAUUUUCUGUCUCUCACUUUCUCUCUUUCUCCUUCUGCACGCGAAGAAGCCUGGCUGCCGGUGAGUUCCUCAACAUCUCAGAGUAAAUUACGCUGUUCCGCAGAGCUUACUGUGGUCGUACCGUCUUUCUCCUCCUCCACUGAGAGCAUGUGGAAACCAUAGCUAUUGUAGGUAUAUGCUUCUCUCUUGCAGCCUUGGGAAAUCGAGGUGUGGUGGUCACUGAAACUGAAAGCAGCCACAUCAUUGGCGUGCACUCAAAGAAACAUAGGCAUGAUUGAAAUUUAUAGUCAAUUUUUCCAUCUGCUUUCUAUGUUAUACUCACUAAGAUGAUCAGAUCUAGAACUUCGAAAUAUAUUCCAUACGCUUGUUGAAUUCCAAGUAUGGGAUGUUCUUAAUUAUAUAAAAGAUUUAGAAUGGGAUAUAAUGUAAAUAGCAUUACCUUCUUGCACUGAUGGUGUACCAGGUCAUUUUCCAAUCAAUUCCUCCUAUUUGCUUUCUAGAUUUUGGGGAUCUCUUUGAUGAGGGUCUAAAUCUUGUAGGGCCCGCUCAUCACCUCUUCAUCCAUCUUAACUUGGUGCGAGGUCUCCAGGUGAAUCCACAAUGGAGAAGAGUUGUGUUCCACCUGGUUUCAGAUUCCAUCCCACAGAAGAAGAGCUUGUGGGCUAUUACCUUGCAAGGAAGGUGGCUUCUCAAAGGAUCGAUUUGGAGGUCAUCCAAGAAGUCGAUCUCUAUCGAAUAGAGCCGUGGGAGCUUCAAGAUAGAUGCAGACAUGGGUAUGAAGAGCAAAGCGAGUGGUACUUCUUCAGCUUCAAAGACAGGAAGUAUCCAAGCGGAACUCGCACCAAUAGAGCUACCGCAGCCGGUUUCUGGAAGGCGACAGGGCGAGACAAGCCAGUGUUGUCCAAGUCUCGAAUAAUAGGGAUGAGGAAGACUCUUGUUUUCUACAAGGGACGAGCUCCAAAUGGCCAGCGAACUGAUUGGAUCAUGCAUGAAUACCGUCUUCAAUCAAACGAAAAUGAACCUGCUCAGGAAGAAGGAUGGGUUGUGUGUAGAGCGUUCAAGAAACCAAAUCUCAAUCAAAGGCCUUGCUACAACAAUUUCGGACACAAUCACUAUGGUCGGCUUGCUGCCAAGCCUACAUGCUUCAUGGAUUCUUUUCAGAGAGGAGCUCCAUAUGAAAGAAGUUUAGGUUAUGAGAUAGAACUUGAAUCUAGGAAGAACCUCCUAGAUCAGGUUCUUCACAUCCCACAAUUAGAUAGCCCGAGUUUAUCUUCAGGUUUCUCCAAUAAUGAACACUUUGAAGGUAAUUGUAUGGGCAGCAAUGGGCAUGGAACUGGGAACAGUAGCUGCCAUGGCGAAUUCGUCGAUUGGAAAGUCCUGGACAAGUUGCUCUUAUCGCAGUUGAACGAGUCGUCUUCUUCUUCAAAUAUGCCAAUUGUUCCAGUGAACUAUGAUGCAGGCGUUGAAGACCAAGGAGAUCAUUUCCUUGCAAUGUUUGAUAGAUCAUGAUUCUGACUUUGCAGCUCCUUUGAGAAAAUAAUAAUGCUAUUGGUAUAUUGGCAAUAAUAUGUUGGUGGCUAAGAUAUAUAAAGAGUCAUAUGAUUUGCAGCAAAUCUGAAUUUUCUGCAUGUACUAAGAGAUCAGCACAACUGAUUUAAAGUUCACAUUUCUGCUGUACCAUUAAUAAUAUUCAAAUUAUUACA